GCCUAUGAGUUUAUCCGUGCCUUACCUAACCUAUUUUAGCUCAAGGUUGAUCCGUAGCGUUUAGGCAGGCAGUUUUUUCUUUUUCUCAUCCUGAAAAAUUCUCAUAAACAAAAACCAUGCAUUAUAAAAAGACUGGCGAGAAGAUGAUUCCAGCAUCCACCUGGAUAGGACAAAGAGACUUGACCGGGUACACCAUAGUGGUUACAGGAGCCAACUCAGGACUUGGGUUCAUCACAUCGUGCGUGUUUGCCUGCUUGGGAGCCAAUGUUCAUAUUGGAGUACGUACCAAGACUAAAGGAGAUGAGACAAUACAACAAAUCGUAGAAUACGUCAAUGAGCACGAACCUGGCCGGGCUUUGGAUGUUCAGAAACGACUUUUUGCUCAUUAUGUGGAGAUGUCUGACUUUGCAUCGGUUCGAGCGUUCUGCCAAAGUUUCCAACAGCCGAUCGAUAUAUUGGUCAACAAUGCCGGUUUACAAGCCAACGAGAAGAAAACGACAAAAGAUGGGUAUGAAAUGACAUGGCAAGUCAACUACCUCAGCUCGACGUUUCUUACUACCAAACUGCUGUUGCCUCUUCUACAGCAAGCAGGGAAGGAUCGGGGCAAGAGGGCCAAAGUGAUCAAUAUAACAUCGGGGAUGCACAAAAUGGUAAAAGACCUAGACCUCGAAGAUAUUAAUUUCGAUAAGAAAGAGUACGAUCAUACCGAAGCAUACACAAAAUCCAAAUUGGCGCAAAUUCUCAACGUUGAAUAUUAUACGCAAGUUGAAUUGCCACCUUCCGAAUCACCUACUUCUCCCCUGUUUUAUGGCAUUAUUCCCGGCCCUGUGAAGACAAACAUUUAUCGACAGGAGAACGGGUUUGAACAGCCACCAUGGGAUGGUUUUGCCGACCGGCCCUCUCCAGAUGAAGCGGCAUAUCCUAUUUUUGUUUGUGCUUUGGAGGAUUAUGCGGCACCAGGCUCUCUUCUUGCUGUUCCGGAUGGUAGAGAAGAUACUAAGAGCGAUCUAGCGCAAGAUAUGGAUCUUGCCAAAAGUCUAUGGAAUUAUUCCAUAGAUGCAACCGGAUAAAUGGAGAAGAUAGGUUGUACGCCCCCGCACACCUGGUUAUGUUUUGUAAUCUACCUAGUGAGCUUAGUUUCAAGGUUCAAAAAGUAAACAUGGAGGUGGCAAAAUUUCAUUCCUAUUAUUCCCCUUCAUAGCGAAGGAUCUUUUUGGGUUUGGCUGGUAUGAAAAAUCAAGUGAUGGCAGUGUUUUGCCCAGUGAAGAAAACAAUGUAACGCAUGUCUUUCAUGCAAAUGACGACGGAGCGAUGGAAAAUUUUCAAAGAUACGCGUA